CAGGACUGCAGAGCUCAUCUGACUGAAACAUUGGGAGAAAAAGGGGCGUGCAGGCUGGGGACCGAGUGUGCGCUCACUGGAAAGAACGGAGCGUGAGAUAAAGUGAAAGCAAACUGUGAUGUCGCUAUGGAGUUUGGUUGCAGAAGCUCCGGCCUGUGGACCAAAGUGAUCUGAACCGACAUCAUUUCACUGCAAAAGAUGAAAGCGUGAAAAUGAUCAAGAGGAGCGGCUCUCUUCUGAUCAGCAGGGCACAGCUUUGAUAGAGCCGCUCGCUCUUCUCCCGACUACAAUGCUCCCAUUCAGGCAACGCUGGCACUCAUGACCCCCUUCCCGAAUUUCCUUCUGUCUCUUCCUCUAUUCUUUCACAAGCUCAGCUAGUUGUAGCCAGGUCCUCUCUAGGAGCAUCCUGUUUGUCUUUUCUGAUGUCACAUAAUUAACCUCUGUUUUUUCAUUAAUUAAUAAAAGGCUUCCAUGGGCAGAAAAAUAAAUCUGAAAUAUAUGAAUUUUCAAUACCUCCUUUUUUUAUUUCAUAAUGGAAAAUGAUGUUCUUAUUGAGUUGAAAAUCAAUACUAUUUUGUCCUUUCUUUUGACCUUAGCAGUAAUUCUUUUUAAUGCACCCUGCUCUAAUAUUUCAUAUGUGCCCUAAUAUACUAGGAAACAAAACUCACGGGAGCCAAUAUGUUGCAUUCAUUGACCCAUUCGUGGUGCAGGUAGUAAAUAAAGGUAAUAACAGUACAACGGAACACAUUUCCAAAUAUCCUGAAUUCCGAAAUAUCCCAGUGUUACAAUUUGCUGUGAAAAUGUAUCUCUUAUAAGGCUACUCUGAGAAAUCUUCAAGGAUGAAUGUCACAGCCUUAUGAUGAUGACCAAAUGUUAGUAUGUAUGUAUUAAGCAGGGAAUGAACUAUUUGUGGCUCUAGGGUUUGAGCAAUUUUCAGAAAUUCCCAGAGAAACUGAGCUGUAUUCAUAUGUAGUGUUACACACUAUACAUACUGUAUGUUCAAUUUUACUGAUGAAUUGGAGGCUAGCGUACAGGGCCUUAUAUUGUGUCUCCGAAGGAACACAGCUGUGUGGUAUAUAAAGUUUACGUUAGGUAAACCGUUACAUGGCUGAGGGCAUUUACAGUACAGUCUAACCAAAUGUUCAUAAUAGAGGAUGAUGUAGCGAGGCUUAAGAGCAACCCCGGUACUAAUGAACACAACCCCCUCUUUUCUCACCCCAUCCACCCUGCACGCUCCCUCGCACCGCCUCCUCCUGUCCUGGCAUCUGUGUCAAAGCAUUAAUGAAUUGAACAGUUUAUCAAAACGCUUGGGAACUGUCCUUUCUGCCCCACCACCCCCUCCUGUGGUCCUGGACCUAUACAGCUCCACCAACCAUGCUGUGUAUUGUCUAACUGUCAUCUUCAGAAGAGGCUGCAGUGAGACAAAAGCAGCGGGGUGAGUGACAACACACAAACAGAACAUCGCCUGCCGAGAGGUAAAAGAGAGAGCGAGUCAAUGGUGUGAGCAGUCUAUGAGGGAGCAGACCAACCGCAGGACAUAUACAGUAGAGCGAUGCUGAGGAACACACUGCCACAUAUAGUGGACACAAAACAAGGAGAAACAUCUGAAAACCAAGGCGGAGAGAAAUAAUUCUUUCUUUUUCCUGUAAGAUAAUUGGCCAGUAUAAAAUGCAGCUCCUAUACUGGACAGUGUUUUCUGCUUCCUACCUGGCAUCCCAGCUGAUUUGCUGUGCACCAGUGAGUAAGGAGCAAUACAGACUACCAACCAGUGUCCUGCAAGGUGAGUACUGGGCAACAGGUGAAACAUCUGAAAAAGUGUGGGCUUUUCUGAUUUCAUGCUUCUAGACUGUUGUCAUCAUUUCCUAGAAAGAGAAUCUACCAAUCAGUAAGUGUAGAUCUAAGCCAAUAAGCAUGUACCACUCAGAAUACCAUGUGCCUGGUCAGAAAAUGCUUAUAUUGCUUUCUAUCAAUAAGUCUGGGGCUAUAUGGCAAUCCUGGGCACAAAAGCUAGGAUUGCAGUGUAGCAGUGCAGACAUAGUAUUGAAUGGGGUUGCAUAGCAAAUGUUGGAGUUGGAUAUUUAGUGAUUCUGGGGACGUUGGUGCAGACCCCAUUCAUUUCAAUGGCUGCACUGCUACACUGCAAUCCUUGGCCCCGCAACAGCUGCCAUGCCCAAGAUCGUCCAAUGUACCCCUAGCCUUAUUCUUGGUGGUGCGACAUCAACUCCAUACUGUUUCGUGGUAUAAACAUCUCAUAUCUUAUUAGUCUGAUGGCACACUGUUCCCCCAUCAGCUUAUCGGAGAGCUGCCAUGCAGCUUUGGAAACGAUGCAUCCUACUUCAUACUGACUACAAUUUUGAACUUCAUGGCAUGAUGACUUGCUUUGUACCAUUAUGUUCCUUAGUUGAUGUAUUCUUGACAGCUCUCUCUAACAGGGGGACAUUAAUCCUAGAAUCUGCACUUAAGACAGCACUACAGGCUUUAGAAGGAGCUGUUAAAGAACAGAGUCUUCGUCAACAAGAAUGUGGAAGAUGCACCGUCUGCCUCUUCCCAGAAUGUAGAAGCCUAACCACACAAUGCAGAGGGAAAGGGGAAAAUGCUGAAUCUGAGCCAACUUGUGAGGCCAUCCUAAUAGCAGAAAAGGAAACAGAUCCUGUGGAAAGAAGCUGGGCCUUGAGUGCAAUGUGUAACUUCUACCAGCAUUUGUGUACAGAAUGGAAUCACACAUCAGAAAAUUGCAUAAACAUCAUGGCUGGGCAAUGUCAUCUCAAGCUGCAAGAGUGCAAAUUAGAAAGUGACAUGGAUUAUCUGAACACGUCACCGGAUUGGGACACUUCAUUGGCCUGUGGACAAGCCAUAUCAUCUCCCAACAACACUAUACCCAAAGGUCGCAUAGUUGGAGGAAGCGUUACUUCACCUGGAUCUUGGCCAUGGCUGGUUAACAUUCGAGUUAAUGGAGAGCUUAUGUGUGGAGGAGUCCUGCUUGGAGAUGUUUGGGUCUUAACUGCUGCACAUUGCUUUAAUGGAAAUAUUAAUGAGCUGCAUUGGACGGUUGUCGUUGGGGAAUAUAACCUGAACGAAGAAGAAACUGGAAAAAAGGUCUAUCAAGUGAAUAGGAUUAUAACCCAUCCCAAGUUUAAUCAGAAAACAUUUAAUAACGACCUUGCACUGGUGGAGCUAACAAGCACGGUAACAUCAUCUUCAAGAGCAAUUCCGGUGUGUCUCCCCUCAGUACCUGUGGAGCCAUCUCCUGGAACAAGCUGCUACAUUGCUGGGUGGGGCUCCCUUUAUGAAGAUGGCCCUCCAUCCGAUGUUAUAAUGGAAGCUCGUGUGCCAGUUCUGAGUCAAGAAUCAUGCAGGAGCACAUUAGGAAAGGAUAUGUUGACCAACACUAUGUUCUGCGCUGGCUAUCUGAGUGGGGGCAUAGACUCUUGCCAGGGUGACUCUGGUGGACCUUUGACCUGCCAAGAUCCUUCCUCUAAGCAAUAUGUAAUAUAUGGCAUUACCUCAUGGGGGGAUGGUUGUGGAGAGAGAGGGAAGCCUGGGGUUUACACCAGAGUAACAGCCUUCAUUGACUGGAUCAGGACCCAAAUGAAGAAAUCCACGCCAAGCCGGGAGCCUUCAUGCUUUGAGCUGGGUGCAAUGACAGAUAGUCAGCAAAAUAAUCCAAAGUCAGAAAUGAGCCCCCUGUGUUCCUUUUACAAACAGUCCUGUCCAGCUCCCUUCAGCCCCAGGGCCUGUACACGUUUAGCAGAGGAGAAAUGCAGGCAGAGACAGAGAAGAUGCGAGCUCCGUUCCUAUCUCCAAGUUCUCCUAAAUUUGCUGCGCAAGGCAGAGGAAUUUUUGCGUAACAACAUGGAUUUAUCCUUCUUCACUCAGACUAUCCCACAGUUCAUGGAAGAUAUGUACAGUGAUAUAUUUCCACACAGAGCCCAAAGAGAUCUUACAGAGCAGAAUCCAUUAAUGAAUGUCAUAGACAAAGAACCCAAUGAAAUCAUCUCAGAUGAAAUUAAUAAAACAGAUACAACAAUUGGAAACGAUAUUCACAGAGAACUGCAAAUCACAUCAUUCGAAGUGCUCUUUACAGAUCUUGGGCCCAGAUUAGAUGAUUGGACUUCAUUUCUUUAUCAUAUGGUCGUUCAAGGCUCUACAAACAUAAUGCAGAAAAAACAAAGAGGAAAAGAAUUUGAGGACACAGAGGAGCAGCUUUUUCUGGAGAAGAAUGAUGAUGCAGUGGAGGAACUAAAAGAAAAAGGACGACAGGUCAUUCACAACCUAAAGUCACAGCUCAGAAGUGAUGGAAUAAUCCUCACUGAUGACCCUUUGCUUUUGGAUCAAGGAGUGAUACCUGUUCAUUAUCAACCUCAGAAGAGAGAUGUCACAAGUGUCACUGGAGCCACCAAAGAAAAUGUCCAAGGUUGUCCACAUUUGUCAGAAGCCAUUAAUGAAGUUCAGUCCAUUAAAGAGAAGUACAAAUGGAUCCUACAGAUUCCAGAGAGAGACUUGUCAAUGAAGUUCCAAGAGAUCCUGGUGGACCUGGGCUCGAAGAAUGAAAAAGGUUUGUACCUAGCUCGUGUUCGAGUGUGUGUCGCUGGAAAGUCUUCAUCAUUUAUCAGCCUGGUAGGUGUGGACAGCAGUUCCCUCUAUCGUAGUAUGCCAGGACUCAUUGCACUUUCAAUGGACAGAUUGAAAACUUAACAAGUUAACAGCAUCAUAAAAUGACAGAAAAGAUCACUGUGAUCGAAAUCGCCGAAAAAACUCUUGUCUUGUUCAAGGAACUUAAAGGGAAGACUCAAAAGUGCCAAUCACAAGUGCCACAAUCCAGUGCUAACAUAUCGGCAUAAGGGGCUCCACAAGACGACGAGGAUCCUAAGGACUUUGCACUUAAAGGAAGCUGGGGGUUUCUUAUUAAAUUAACCAAAUGUUAUCAGGUUAUUGCAGAAUGACAACGAUAUGUUCAUUUGAACUGUAAAAAGACACCAACAGGAUCUAUAUUAUUCAUUGCUAUGUGAUGAAAGACUGUACACCAAAUUUACACUGUGUGAUAUAUGAAGUGCACUUCAAUGGCCAGUUUUGCUUUCUAUUAUUUAGUGUGGAUGUAAAUUUCGUAUUUCCCUGUUUGUGGAGUGUACAGAUACUACGCCCCAUUACUGCCAUUGUGUACCUGCCAUAAUGACACAGUCCUCCGACUCUUGGCACAUAAUCGGCGCUGCUUAAAGCAUUGGAGAUAUCAAUUUAUUGUCUUUUUCGCUUUGAUCUGAUGAACCUAAAGUAAAAGAACAAACUCUAUAAAAAUACUGAAGCUUUCAAUGUUCACAGUGCUCGCAUAUAUCAAUUAUGUCAAUGAUAUCAGAAAUUACACCUGCAGCAAACUUUAAUUUGACUUUUCCAAUGGCUAUUGUUGUGGUAAGCGUCAAUUUAAAGAUAGCUACUGUACAUGUGUAUGUAUAUUGGGCACAUGGCGCGUCAUGGUCAUAUGCAGGGUGGCUAAACAAUUUGUAAGGGGUUUAUGCCGCUACAUUCAGGAAAGGUUCAUUAAUAUUGAUGGAUUGAUUAAUAAAAUCCCAUUUUGUCCUUUUUGGGUAAA